UAGCACCUUUGAGACUAUCUGUAAAUCCACAGCACAUAGCUCUUAAUAUUCCCUGUAAAUAAGUGAUCAGAAAUUUUCAAUAUUAAACGCAUUAAUGGCAUUAGAGUUGAGCCAACAAUGCGAGUUAUCGUGGAAAAUUUUGAUACCAAGACGAAUGAUAAUCCAUUUUUCGAUCCUUGGACAGCGAGCGUAUCUGGGUCAGGUGAAAAAAUGACAGUGAAAAUGCCGAUUAAGAGUGAUCUCCCUCCUAAUAUGAUGAUGCACGUAGUGAUUGACUUGGAUGGUAAUGAAAUUGUGGAUUAUGAAGGGACAUUGUGUGCGGGUCUCGAAGAUGAAACAAUUGGUAAAGGAGUAGUUGAACAUGGCCUACCAAAGGAGAUGUUCCCUAAAAAAUGUCCAAUCAAAGCGGGCGCAGACUGGGAAAUCCAUGAAUGGGUUCUUCCCAUUGAGAAAUUGCCACCAGGUAUUCCUGACGGUCCAGCCGAGGGUGUACUGACUAUAUUUGAAGAGGGGAAAGCUCCCAUAGUUACUAUUACAGUCAAAGGAAAGAUAAUGCACAAACUUCCUGGAAUGGGACGUUAACUUUUCAAUUUAGGAAUAUGAUUAUAUAAUAUAGGGGAGGUUGAGGUAAAACGGACACUUUUGACUUUUUCUAAAAUGCUAAUGAGGGGUUGAAAUGUUGAUAAAAUUUAAUAUUAUUA